UAGCCCACACACUGUGUGUUGGAUUCAAACGAAUCCCAUACCCAGUACCAGUCCAGUCGACAAAGGAAUCCAUAUCCAAUAUUCACAAUGAUCUAUUAUUUGCUGCAGGCGAUUUCGACUGCUAUUUUUAGCACAGUGGCCACCAUUUGGCUGAUCGAAGAGACUCUGAUCAAUCUGAUGAUGUCCAGCUUUCUGUUUGUGCUGCGCAUUGCCUGCCAUCCGCUGAUGCUAAUACCAAUGGUGGUGUGCAGCUAUUACGUGGUUCGCAAAGUGUGGCUACGACGUCGACAAACAAUCGAUGGUGAUUCUGUUCCUGGGCUGCGCAGUCUGAGCCGUACUCCGCGCAUCGGCUCAUAUCGUAGCAUGGGCAGCCUUUCGGCACGCAGCAAUGAUAGUUGCGAUUACGACGACGAGGAGGUUCGCAGGUUGCAGUGCUCUUAACUUUUUAAUCGAUUAAUGUUUUGUUUUAAAUUAAUGAAGUAUUUAUGUAACUUGGUUUGAUUCGCAGGAUUUACUACUCUCUCAAAUGCAGACACAAACUAUACGAACAUUUAUGUAUACGAUUGUACUUAAACUAAAACAGAGACAUUUCUGUUCCCCUCCCUUA